AAACCAAAUUUAAAUGAUGGCCAGCAGAAUAAAGGGUGAAUGUAGCAACGAAGUUACUGAAGAAGAAGAGUUACUCAGUGACGUGUUCAAAGAGAAUGGUAUUGAAGGUAUACAAAAUUAUAUCAAAGAAGGAUUAAAUAAAUGGCGUGAAACUGAAUUGCAUAUUGCAGUUGCUGGAAAAUCAGGAGCUGGAAAAUCGACUUUUAUCAAUGCCAUUCGGGGACUUAAAACGGGAGAAAAGGGUUCUGCUGAUACUGAUGUCGAAGAAUGCACGAUAACUGCCCAGUCUUACACGCAUCCAAAAAACGAAAAAAUAGUAUUUUGGGAUUUACCUGGAAUUGGAACGUAUACUUUCAAACGCGAUGAAUAUAAGGAUAAUGUCGAUCUAGCAAAAUAUGACUUUUUCCUUAUAUUUUCAUCAGAGCGAUUUUUAGAAACCGAUGGAUGGCUGGCAAACGAAGUAAAACAGUUGGGUAAAAAGUUUUACUUUGUACGAACCAAAGUAUUCCAAGACAUUGAAAAUGAUAAAAAAGGUAGAAAAGUCGCGCGUAGUAGAGAUGAAAUCUUGGAAAAAAUACGCAAGAAAUGUUUAAAGAGCCUCGAAGACAUUGGUAUAUCUGAAUGUUUUGUUUACUUGAUCGACAACUUUGAACCAGAGGACUUUGACUUCAAUAAGCUACAAUCAAACCUAAUCGAAGAUUUACCACAACUGAAACGAGAGGCCAUAGUUUUUUCAAUUAUUACUAAAACCGACGGUAUGAUGUUGCAGAAAAAGAAAGAACUUGAAAAAAGAAUUCCACGCAUUUCACUGAUAUCUGCAGCGACUGGCGCAAUGCCAAUUCCAGGGUUUAACGUAAUUGUGGAUUUUGGCUUAAUGCUGGAAGAAGUCGACUUUUAUAGAGACCAGUUUGGUUUGACAAAAGAUGCAAUAAACAGGACUGCAGAAAUGCUAGGAAUGCGCGAAGAAGAGCUGAGAAGGAAUCUUAAAAUGAAAGAAUUGCUCAUCGAUUACACAGUGAAAGGAUUAAUGGCGUUCUGUCAAACACUCUUCAUAGCUGAAGCAUUGGAAGAAGUUGCAAAAUUCAUGCUACCUAUUCUAGGAAGCGUUGCAGCUGGAGCGAUAUCAUACAAAUCAACUCAGUACUGGCUGAAAAAAAUUCUUGAAGGGUUGUACCAAGACGCCUUGGAAAUUAACAAAAAACUGAGUAUGCAUUCUGCAAAAUGAUCGCCGGUUUAAAAACU